AGAGAAAUUUACUCCAAAGUAAUAUAUGUAUUGAAUGACUAAGGAAUGAGUUACCAUCUAUUUCGAAAAUGUAUAUUCAACUGACAUUGACUGACCCAGUCACAAAACAGAGAGAGGAUGGCUGUAUUCUUAUCUCACGCACUCAUAACACAGAGAAAGGGAUUACAGAGCAAGAAGUCAAGAUCACAGACCCUGGUUGCCUCUGUAUCAUGAGAAUCAUGGUUAAAAGUCCAUUUGAAAUUGACAAGCAACGUUAUCCAAAGAUAGGAAAAUUUUUUCGAGAUAGCGACAGAAAAAUGAAAAUAAUCAACCGAUUACAAAAAGUUCUAAAACGAUUGUUUUUUAAAAUGUGUUUACAAGCCAUGAUGAUUGUUAAAAUGAACGAAUACACAAUGGUUAAAUUAUAUGAGGAAAUCUGCUUUAGUGACAUACGAGUGUUUGCCCUGCUGAUUCUGAGGAUGUCCACUUGGCGGGAAACAAUUGUUGAUAUCAACGGCACCAAAACAACCAAUUUACGAGAAAUUCUUCAAGUCUACGCAUGCCCCGAGGAGAAUUCGGCUAAUAUCUGUGAUGAAACAUUUCUGAUGCAGAUGUCCCUCUGUAAUUACAUCCAAGACCGGUGUGGAGAUAAGUCAGAGAUUGGACACAAAGCCGACAAGUUACUAGAACUCGUUAAAGACACCCUCACCAACAAUGGCCACCAACGCAAGAGGAUGGAACUCAUCUAUGGACGACAGGGAGAAAGCACAAUAGUAUUCUGUUCAUAAUGAUUAUGGUGCAAAAUGACCAA